GGAAAAGGACUGGUCUUGUCUUCAAGAUAACUAGCAAGGUUCCUCACAAGACAAGUACUAAAAGCUCACAGUGCGGUGGUAUUGAAGGCUGAGACUAUGGCAGAGAAGGUUGAGUGGUUGAACAAAUUAAGAAAUGUUGUCCUGCCUUCUACUGGAGGUCAAAUGAAGGGAGAAUCUGGGCUCCCCCUCCGGCAAAGCCUCUCCGAUGGUUCUCUGUGUUCCUGUAGGAGUUCUUUGAAGAUAGAACUUUGGUGGAUGUCCCAAGAAGUUCGUGGUUAUGUCGAAGCAGUUCUCAACAGCCUUGGUGCUAACGUUCCAAAAGCCGUGGUACUUUGCCAAGUAGUGAAAGCCAAAGAGGACACGCUCAAUCAAUUAUACAGUUCGAUCAGUGCUCAAAGCACAGCAAGAAUUGAAGAACUGCUUCUAGAGGAUUAGAAUGUAAAACGUAAGAGGGAAAAAUGCCAGAAACAGGCCUCCCUCCUGUCGAAACUCACAAGACAACUCAGCAUUCAGGAUAAUCGAGCAUCUGCUGCCUCUAGCUGGGUCGAUAGCG